GCCAGGUGCUCGCAGACGAGCGCAGACACUGUGUUUGUAAACACGGACUCCGUGCGUGACCGCUUCGUUGGCACACACGAUCGCCGCGAUGGAGGAGAACGACGACAGCGAAAUAAUCGAACAUCACGUCAACGAGGAAAUGGAAAAGAAGGGAUUUCGCACGCGACAUACUCAUUUGUUUUUGGAGUCUGCUUCUUCAUCUGAGAGGGAAGGGCAUAGCAGCACGCAGUCAUCGCACCGGCUUCUUGCCUAUAGCGAUGCGCUCAUUUCCAUCAUAGCAACUGUUAUGAUAUUACCAGUUGCACAUACGAAAAUCAAGGACGAUGAGGAACUGAAGGAGAGCUUGCAGCAGCUUCUCACCACAAAGAUUGCAGUGUAUUUGAUGACAUUUCUAAUAGUUACAGUAGCAUGGACUGCCCACAUCAGGUUAUUUCAAGUGAUUGAGCGCAUAGAUGACUGCCUUGCACUUUUAAAUCUUGCCUGUAUGAUGCUGAUAACCUUCCUCCCUUACACUUUUUCCCUGAUGGCGGCCUUCCCAAAAAACACCCUGGGUAUCCUGCUCUUCUGUACGUGCGUCAUCGUGAUUGGACUGAUACAGGUAAGGGGAGUCGUUCACACCUGUGGAUGUUUUGAAGAACUGCAUUUGCCUCACCGAUCGUGGUCCCCUCUCUCUCCCCAGGCCAUCAUUGUUGUGUACGGUUUCAGCCGGCCCUUCCUGUUAAAUGACCAGAUCCAGAUAUCGGAAAACCAGGGCUUUUACAAGCGCCACAUCUUAAAGGUUAUUUUGCGGGUUCCACUCUUCUGCUUUGUGGCAAUCGUCUUUUCCUUCAUCUUUUUCCCCUUGUCCUAUGUUCUGUUAGCAGUGGUCAUCUUCUUUCCCUACAUCUCACAGUCUUUGAAAUGGUGUCGUGGUAAAGCUAUUGGCCAGCAGGAUGAGACCCCUGACUCCAUGCUGUUCUACUCCUACCGGCCCAAUGAGCCUCUCAGUAAAGAGCGGGUGGAGGCCUUCAGUGACGGCGUGUACGCCAUUGUAGCCACCCUGCUCAUUCUGGACAUAUGCGAGGAUAACGUUCCCGACCCUGGCGAGGUGCAGCGCAGGUUCGGAGGCAACCUGAUUGAGGCCCUGCAGGGCUUCGGCCCUGAGUUCCUGGCCUAUUUCGGCUCCUUCGCCACCGUGGGCCUGCUGUGGUUCGUGCACCACUCGCUCUUCCUGCAUGUGAACAGGACCUCCCGGCUCAUGGGCCUGCUCAACACCUUCUCCCUGGCCUUUGUGGGUGGCCUGCCCCUGGCCUACGAGCUGACGCACGAGUUCCCGCCGAACUCACGCAACGAGCUAGAGGCCAUCCAGAUCAGCUGCGUCAUCAUCUUCUUCGCCGGUGUAUUCCAGCUGGCCAUCUGGGUGGCGGCGCUGUUCGACGAGCGCGAGACGCUGCACCCAUAUGUGCGCUACGGCGGGCGGGACCACACCUUCAUGCUGGCCAAGCUGGCGCUGUACCCGUGCGUGGCGCUGGCCACCUUCUUUGUCACGUGCGCGCUCAGCCGCUUCAGCGCCAUGGUCUUCCACCUGGUGCAGAUGGGCGUGCCCGUGGCCUUCCUGCUGCUCCGCCUGCUGGUGCGGCUCGGCCUGGCGCUGCUGCGCCGCCUGCUCGGCCCGGCCGCCGUGCCCCCCGCCCACCGCGCCCCGGAGGAGGACGACCCCCGCGUGCCUUUCACUGACAUGCUGACCUAGCCAUCCGCUCGCAGCCUCUUUCAGGGUGUCAGAUUUCGAGGGCACUGGCGGUGUCGGGUUCCAGAUGGCAUCCACUGACAGGGUUACACGCUGACAAGACGUCCGGCUGGGCACCCUACUUCAAAUGUUACACUUGGUUUUUCUUUUUUUGAGUUUUCAGUUCAUGUUAUUAGGAAGUGUUAACCGGUGAGAUCCAAAGAUUUGCAUCACAUUUUCAUUCUUCAUUAUUUAAAGUUUCAUGAAGGAGGCCCAUCUACACUUGACCAUAAAGACGAAGCCGCUCCAAAGGGAUGUAAUAGCACACACUGGAGCAUGCGACCCUCAAUGCAUGAUCUUCCUAUGUGGUCUCACACUAACCGUUAAGAUGAAGCUCAGAGCUCUGCUGUUUCCUUACACAAAGAAGGUAUUUCAUCCCUGAUAAAACUUACUAUCCCAGCUAUUUAUUUGUUAACAUAUACCACUAACUGUAAGUCCUUUCACAUUAUGUAUUGGAUUAGCUCACACUUUUUGUGUUUGUUGUAGGCUCAUAUGAGAAUGUUAAUGAACAGACCUAUUCUGUAGAAAUGCGAGGGUUAAAUCCAGCUGUUACAUCCAACUGUGAAAUCCAUCCAGCCCCGACCACUUCAGCAGGUCUCACGCCAUGGGCUCCGGCCACAGACAGGUCACUGUGUGGAAGAAGCAGUCCCCAAGGCCACCAGAGAUCCCACGAAUAAACACAGUGUAACUGUAAUACUGUAUGAGGUCCCUACACAGACCGCAUGCUUAAACCCUAAUCAGCACACACCUGCUGCAUAUGAUAGAUCAUGGAAACUUCUAAUUUAUUGUUAAGUUAAAUUUUCUAUUUAUUUUUAUAUUUAACAGUUUAGUACUGUAGCUGCCCUUUUUAUUGUAUAUUACCAAUGUGUAUAGGAGGCACACUGAUACAACAGAGAUUGUUGCGCUAAAGUGCUAAAAAGGACCUUUUGACAUUCAUUUGCCGAGGAAUAAAAUUGUUUAAAACUGUUGGUACAUAGUUUUAUAUUUGCUUUUGGAAAAAAAAAAAUGUCAUUUUCACCGUCCAAUCGGCCAGGCCUCUCAGGGUUGUUUGAGGGCAGCAGGAGGGCACCCUGCAUUUCCUGCCGGGUUCAGGAAAGGAAGUGAUGUCAUGGCAGGACAGGGAGGGCUCAUGCUCUCAUCCUUUCUUCAGUGGAAAAUUUAUAGACAUUUUGUUUCUUACGAAAAUAAGGUUAUGUGCUAAUGUGAC